CAGCGAUGCAGAUGUGGAGGGGAAGGAGGCCUGUUCAGGCGGGCAGCCAGCCUUUCCUCCGUCUCCUCACAGGAUGGACCCCACAGCUUACGCUGAGCUGUUGAAAGAAUCUGGCAACCAGGUUUUUAAGAAUGGGAACUUCUCUUUGGCCAUCAGAAAGUACGAUGAAGCCAUCCAGAUUCUCCUGCACUUAUACCGGUGGGGUUCUGGAGGCUGGGAAGUCCAAGGUCCAGGUGCCGGCCAAUUCAGUUCCUGGGUUCCCUCCAGGGACUUGGCUGUGCUGCUGUGCAACAAAUCCAAUGCAUUUUACAGCCUCGGGAAAUGGAACGAGGCCUACGUGGCCGCCAAGGAGUGUCUCCAGUGGGAUCCAACCUACGUGAAGGGAUACUACCGAGCUGGUUAUUCCUUGCUGCAGUUGCUCAAGCCUUAUGAAGCUGCUCACAUGUUUUUCAAGGGUCUGCGACUCGUGCAAGUCAGCCAGGACCAGACCCAGUUUGCUGAUUUCUUGGUGGGAGUCUUCACCACGAUGGGCAGUGACCCUGUUGUUUUGCAAAGCUUCUUGCCCUGCUUUGAUUAUAUUUUCACUACUGGAUUCUCAACUGAAGUGUGGCAAUCUGUAAUAGAAAAGUUGGCAAAGAAAGGAUUAUUGCAUUCAUUUCUACUUCUGUCAGCGAGAAAAGACCGGCUACCGAGAAAUCUCCAUGUCCCAAAUUUAUCACUGAAAAGUCUCUUUGAGAAAUAUGUCUUCAUCGGACUUUAUGAGAAAAUGGAACAGGUGCCCAGGCUAGUCCAGUGGCUCAUCUCCAUGGGUGCAAGCAUCGAGACCAUAGGACCGUACCCUCUGCACGCCCUCAUGCGCCUCUGCAUCCAGGCCAGGGAAAACCAUCUUUUCAGGUGGCUAAUGGACUACAAGCCCGAGUGGAGAGGUCGCAUCAACCAGAAGGACGACGAUGGCUGUACCGUCCUGCACGUGGUUGCCGCCCACUCCCCAGGGUACCUCACCAAGCGACAAGCAGACGAUGUGCAGAUGCUCCUGAGCUUUGGGGCAGACCCCACUCUGCUGGAUGGACAGUCCCGGUCUGCCGUGGAUGUCCUGAAGAGGAGCAAGAGGUUCAAAGCCAUUGAGAAAAUCAACAGUCACUUGAAAAAGCUGGCAGCAUGUUCUAAGGACCUCUCAGGACUGAGCAAUGGCGAGGGACCAGCUAGUGAGGGUGACAUUUUCCGGAAGGCCUCUGAGCAGCUAGUGACGUACAUGAAUUCUGGAAGCCGCUUGUUGCAGAAAAACUUUCUGAAGCAAGAAGUGGUUCAGAGGUUCUUGCGCCUCCUUUCUUCUCUGCAAGAAAUCCCUCCUGACCUGGUCUAUGACAUUGACCACGACUGUGCCAACGCCUUCAUCAAGCUUUUACUGGAAAAACAGAAAUGGCCUGAAGUGCUUCUGCUGCUGACCCGCAAAGUGAGCGGGAAGCCACCGUUCGGGGACUGUCUCAUCAAAGACUGUGACCUCUCGAACCUCGACCUCUGUGCCAUCCUCCCCCACCUCAGCGCCUGGGACCAGCGGAGGACCCUGCUCCUGGGCCACCUGAUAGACCACGGAGCCUCGCCCGAGGGUCUCCAGGGCAGCCAGGAGCAGCCACUUGCCGUGUGCCAGAAGCAUGGGGACUUCGAGCUGGCCUUCCUCCUCUUGACCAAGGGUGCGGACCCCCGUAGCAUUUCUCUCACGGAAGGUGACACUCCUUUGCAUGCCGCGCUCCACAUCUUUCUAGAUAUCGGAGCUGACAUCGGUUUUAACUUCCUCAGCCACCUGCUGGAUCUGUUCUGGUCCAAGCCCACCGAGUUUUACUACCUCAACCCCAAUAUCCAGGACAACAGUGGUAACACGCUGAUGCACAUCCUCUUCCAGAAGCGCAUGCAGAAGCGCAUGGGGAAGCUGAUAGGUCUGCUGGUGAAAUUUGACAUCAACCUCAACCUGAAGAACAAGGAAGGUAGAGACGCCCGGCACCGGGUGAAGAAGAACGACGCACUGCUCUUGGCCUGGAACAAAGCCCUGCUGGAGAGCAGGCGCCGGGGCCGACAGGACGCUGCCGCCCGCCCGGGGAGACCCCCGCGCUGCGCAGCCCCGGCUCACAUGGCUCAGCUCAAGGGCUCCUCCAAGUCGCUGCCCUGCAGCGGCACUGCAAGAGCCCCACCCAGAGGAGCCGGGGUUCCUGAAAGCUGGGAGACCCUGCCGGAUGCCCAGACUACGAGGCCAGAGCCUGGGGCUGCCAGGCCCUGUUCGCGGAGAGACCGCCUUGUGCAGGACAUCACGGCUUUGAUUCAGCAGGUGGAAUUGGAUCCGUCCCUCCAGGAGGACUGUCCACAGGACUCUGAGCCUCUGGAGACAGGAGCUGGCACCGUAGGAGAGAAACAGGAGCUACAGGGCGCCCCGGGGGCGGGGGGCUCUGACUGCAGCGGGAACAACCCCGCAGUCCUUGAGGCCGCGGAGGGACAUGCGCAGGCAGGCCUCGGGACCGUGCAGCUCGUGCCUGCUGGUCGCAGGGGGACAGAGGGCAGCGACGACCAGGACGACCAGAAUGUGCCGGAGAUGGAGGCCUGCCUCCCGGACUUCGAGAACAUGACGUGGGAGAUCGAGUGCACUUCGGAGAUGCUGAAGAAGCUGUCCAGCAAGGUCAUGACCAAGGUCAUGAAGAAGAAACUUAUCCUCGCCAUCCAGAAGCUCGGCAAUGGUGAAUGGACCAGGGGCCUGCGGAAGCGGCUGAAGAACUUGAAAGGAAGCAUCCAGCUCUUCGAGGCCAAGCUGGACAAAGGGGCCCGGAUGCUGUGGGAGCUCACCAUUGACUUCUCCCCGCGGUGCAGCGAGAACCCCGAGAAGAUCAUGGCUGCGGAGCGCAGCGCGCACCCCACCGAGAAGGCGAGGCAGGUCUACACGGAAAUCAUCCGGAUCUGGGACAUCAUCGUAGAUCACGGCAAACUGUCGGACUCCAUCAGGGCCAUCUGCAGCGCCUACAACCGGGGCCUGUCCUGCAUCCUGCGCAAGAAGCUGAAGGGUAUCAACAAGGACCAGGUGUCCACUAGUAAGAAAAUCCAAAAGCGGAUACCCCGCUGCUACGUGGAGGACACGGAGGCCGAGAAGGGCGGGGCGCACGUGGAUCCUGAGUACUUCCCCCCUGCCAGCGCGGUGGAGACGGAGUAUAACAUUGUGAAGUUCCACAGCUUCAGCACCAGCAUGGCCUACAACAUCCUCAACGACACGAUGGCCACGGUGGAGUACCCCUUCCGGGUGGGCGAGCUCGAGUACACGGUGAUCGACCUCAACCCCAGGCCACCGGAACCCAUCAUCCUCAUCGGGCGGAGCGGCACCGGCAAGACGACUUGCUGCUUGUACAGGCUGUGGAAGAAAUUCCACGGUUACUGGGAGAAAGCCGAGCAGGCGGGAAGCCCGCUGCUGGCCAGGCAGAUCUGGCUGAAGCGAAGGUUGGAACUGGAACCCGGAAAGGAGGGUCCAGGUGGGGAGGAGGAGGAGGAGGAGGAGGAGGAAGGAUCCACUGAGGUGGAAACAGUGGACAGCCUAGAAGAGGAGCAGGAGAGUGAAGCCUGUGCAGGGGGAGCCAGUGGGGAGCCAGGGGACCCCGAACAAGGGGUGGAAGGACCCGCCCCAGAACAGCGCCACCAGCUGGAGCAUUUACAUCAGAUCUUCGUGACCAAGAACCACGUCCUGUGCCAGGAGGUGCAGAGGAAUUUCAUUGAGCUUUCCAAGUCUACCAAGGCCACCAGUCACUACAAACCACUGGAACCCAGUGUCCACAAACUCCAGGACCUACGGGAUGAGAACUUUCCUCUGUUUGUCACUUCCAAGCAGCUGCUCCUCCUGCUUGAUGCUUCUCUGCCCAAACCAUUUUUUCUGAGGAAUGAAGAUGGCAGCUUGAAAAGAUCCAUCGUAGGAUGGUCCAUGCAGGAAGAGUUGACCGUCACCAACUGGCAAGAAGAUGAGGAGGAGGCUGAGGCAGACGACUAUGGUGAGGAGGAAAAAACUGUGGAGACACGCCCAUGUGACAGUGACCCCCGGGUGUACGUGACAUUUGAGGUGUUUGCCAAUGAAAUAUGGCCCAAAAUGAUCAAAGGGAAGACUUCCUACAACCCUGCCCUGAUUUGGAAAGAAAUAAAGUCUUUUCUGAAGGGGUCUUUUGAGGCCCUCAGCUGCCCCCAGGGGAGACUCACAGAAGAAGCAUAUAAGCAAUUAGGGCGGAAGCGGUCCCCCAAUUUCAAGGAAGACCGGAGUGAGAUCUAUGGCCUCUUCUGCCUGUAUCAGCGGAUCAGGUCUCAGAAAGGGUACUUUGAUGAAGAGGAUGUGCUAUACAACCUGUCCCAGAGGCUGUCGAAGCUCAAGGUGCUCCCAUGGUCCAUCCAUGAGCUCUAUGGCGAUGAGAUCCAGGACUUCACCCAAGCGGAGCUGGCGCUGCUGAUGAAAUGUAUCAAUGACCCCAACGCCAUGUUCCUCACCGGGGACACGGCUCAGAGCAUCAUGAAGGGCGUGGCCUUCCGCUUCAGUGAUCUGCGCUCUCUGUUCCACUACGCCAGCAAGAACACCAUGGACAAGCAGUAUGCAGUGCGCAAGCCCAAGAAGAUCUACCAGCUGUACCAGAACUACAGGUCCCACUCGGGAAUCCUCAAUCUGGCAUCUGGAGUGGUAGAUUUACUUCAGUUCUAUUUCCCGGAAUCUUUUGAUCGCCUUCCAAGGGAUUCUGGCCUCUUUGAUGGUCCCAGACCAAUUGUCCUGGAGUCCUGUAGUGUAAGUGACUUGGCAAUAUUGCUUCGAGGCAACAAAAGAAAAACCCAACCCAUUGAAUUUGGAGCCCACCAGGUAAUCCUUGUAGCCCAUGAAAUGGCAAAGGAGAAAAUUCCAGAAGAGCUGGGAUUAGCGCUUGUGCUAACAGUUUACGAAGCCAAAGGCCUAGAAUUUGAUGACGUCCUCCUUUACAACUUUUUCACUGAUUCUGAGGCUUACAAGGAAUGGAAGAUCAUUUCCUCAUUUACCCCUUCAUCCUCUGAGUCCAGAGAGGAAAGCCGGUGUCUGAUUGAGGUGCCCCUAGAGAAACGCAGCUCCUCCCAGGGCGGGGCUCUCAUGGUGAAUCUGGAAAUGUACAAGCUCCUGAACGGGGAGCUGAAGCAGCUGUACACAGCCAUCACCCGGGCUCGGGUCAACCUCUGGAUCUUUGACGAAAACCCAGAGAAGCGGGCUCCUGCUUUCAAAUAUUUCAUGAAAAGGAAUUUUGUCGAAGUCGUGAAAAUGGAUGAAAAUAAAGACCUCGAUGAUAGCAUGUUUGUUAAAACCUCAACCCCUGCGGAGUGGAUCGCCCAAGGAGAUUACUAUGCUAAACACCAGUGCUGGAAGGUUGCAGCCAAGUGUUUCCAAAAGGGAGGUGCGUUGGAGAAGGAGAAGCUGGCUCUGGCCCACAACGCCGCCCUGAACAUGAAAUCCAAGAAAGUCAGCCCCAAGGAAAAGCAGGUGGAAUAUUUGGAACUGGCCAAGACGUAUCUGGAGUGCAAGGAGCCAAAGCUGUCCCUUAAGUGUCUGACCUACGCCAAGGAGUUCCAGCUGUGCGCCCAGCUGUGCGAGAGGCUGGGAAAGAUAAGAGAUGCCGCCUCUUUCUAUAAGCGAAGCCAGUGCUACAAAGAUGCUUCCAGAUGCCUUGAGCAGAUUCAGGAAUUUGAUCUAGCCCUCAAAAUGUACUGCCAAGGGGAACUUUUUGAAGAAGCUGCUGUGGCAGUGGAAAAGUAUGAAGAAAUGCUAAGGGCCAAGACCCAUCCCAUUUCCAAGCUCUCCUAUUCAGCCAGCCAGUUUUACUUGGAAGCUGCAGCCAAGUACCUGAGCGCGAAUAAGAUGAAGGAGAUGAUGGCUGUGCUCUCGAAGCUCGACACGGAAGACCAGCUGGUGUUCCUGAAGUCUCGGAAGCGGCUUGCAGAGGCUGCUGACCUGCUCAACAGGGAAGGUCGGAGGGAAGAGGCUGCCCUGCUGAUGAAGCAACAUGGCUGCCUCUUAGAGGCUGCCAGGCUCACCGCCGACAAGGACUUCCAGGCCUCAUGUCUCCUGGCGGCCGCCCACCUCAACGUGGCCAGGGAUUCCGAUGUCGACCAUACCAAGGCCAUCCUCAGAGAAGCCCUGGACCUCUGCCAUCAGACCAGUCAGGCGUCCGGCAUCGCCGAGGCCCACUUCCUGCAGGGAGUGAUCCUGAGAGACUUUCCAAAGCUCAAGGACGCCUUCCUGAGGUUUGACACCCUCAACCACUCGGCAGGGGCAGUGGAGGCGCUCUACGAAGCCUCCAGCCGCUGUGAGGCCCAGCCCGAGGAUGUCCUGGCCCUGGCUCCGGCGGGCCUGGAGGUCCUUCUCAAUCUGGUCAGGGCCCUCAAAAGAGUGACCAACAACGCGGAGAAGGAGAUGGUCAAGUCUUGCUUUGAGUUUUUUGGGAUUUCGCAGGUGGAUGCCAAGUACUGCCAGAUAGCUCAAAACAACCCCGGACCCAUAUCAAGAAUCAUUUUUGACCUGGAUUUGAACUUGAGAGAGAAGAAAACGAAAGAGCAUUUCUUGAUAAUGACGGACCAGGUGAAAUUAGCCUUAAACAAACACCUUCUGAGCAGGCUGUGUCAGAUCACACGGAGCCUGCUUGGGAAGACCUACCUGGGUGUCUGCACGAGGUUUAUCGUGGGCUUAAAAUGCGAGGAUGGACACUGUGAAGAUUUCCACAGGCCUUUGCGGCGUCAUGAGGCCAAGUGUUUGGUUCAGACAAGAAUACACCUGGUGGCGAUCAACGGAUUGCUUUUGGAAGCCAAAAAAGUAUUCCCUAAAGUCUUAGCUAAAGAACUUGAAGAAAUCGAUUAUAUUUUGUCUCCGGAUAAAUAUGGCCUUUGCAAAUCCCUGCUGAAUGUCCUCUUCCCUAAGCAUUUCCAUCAGAGAGUAUUGUCAGAAAACCCCAUGGCAUGCAAAGAAGUCCUGAAACCACAUUACAAAUCCUUCCGGUCCUACAGGUCUGCUCUGAAAGAGUACAUCCAUGUCCUAUUUCAAAAUGAAGGGGCUCGAAGCCGCCGGGAGUCCACGGACCUGUGGCUGAGCGCCAUGCAGGCUUUCCUUCUCUCUUCUAGCUACCCUGAUGAGCUUGAAAAGCUGCUCCACCAGGAGGAGGACCGCUACAACCGGGAACUCAAAGCCUUCCAGGCUGAAAAAGAGGAAAGGGGCAGUGGGAGAGGCAGGAUGAAAGGAAUAGAAGGGAAAUUUGGCAUGCUGACGCCCAACAAGGAUGAUGAGAGCGUGGAGAAGACCCACCUGUGCUUCGUCCGGCUGCUGGAGGAUUCCAUCUACCAGUUCUACGUACGCAGGAACCCAGAAGACUACAAGAGGCGCUUUUUCCGUUUCAUGAACGUCCUUGUCAAGAGGUGCAAAGAGCCACUCAUCCCCAGCAUUGGGAACACGGUGGCCCUGCUGGAGUUGCAGUUCGUCCACUGCGGGGCGGUCCUGGCCCGCCUCUGGAAGAACGCCGUCCUGUGCCUCCCCAAGAGCUACAUUGCGCUGUUGCACUACUGGGAGUUCCUGUUCAGCAAGAAGGACCGGGAGCCUGGGGAUGUGUUCGCCAUCAUUCAGGAAUACAGACCCAAGGACGUGACCAGAGCCAUUCAGGAUUUCCGGUUCCACCUGUCCUACCUCGUCAAGGUGCUCUGCGGCUGCAAGAAUGAGAACUUCAAUGUCCUGCUCGAUGCCUUCAGUGAAAUUGACUACGUGGUGUCCGGGGAGGCAGAGCGGACCCUGGUGCUGUGCUUGGUGAUGCUCGUGAACACUGAGGGGGUGCUGCAGCCGUCAUGCAAGCCUCUUCUGUCAAGCCACUUCCAGGAGAUCGAGGCCAGGCUGCAGCUGAUGAGCGUGGACUUCCCGGGCCAGGUCCCCGAGAGGCUCCUCAGAGUGGUGAAACGGGUGCAGCUGGCAGUCAACGUGAAGUCUGUGGCGGAGGCGCUGCAGGACCUGCUCUUUGAGCGGGAUGAAGAGUACCUGAUGGACUGCUGCUGGCAGUGGGACAGCGGGCACGCCAAAGGGACCACGGUCCGAGGCCUCUACCACGAGGAGGUCAGACUGAACCGCCUGUUCUCCGUGGACCCCGUGGGCUACUUUGUCGAACCCGAGUGCGAGGUUGGUCAGGACGAGAUGGAGGAGCUGGCCUUGGAAGACCGGGACCACCUCCUUGCCACCAUCCUGUCGCAGAAGCAGCGGAAGGCUUCCAUCCAGCGGAAGCUGCGGAGGGCCUGCCUGGUGGUGUCCCUGUGCAUCAGCUGGAGGAGGAGGGUGGGGGCCCAGGCCGAGCACUUCAGGGAGGAGGGCAGGGAACCCAGGGCUGGGAGCUUCAAAAAGGCCGACGUGGACAGGACCCAGUGCGACCUGUGUGGGGUGAAGUUCACCCGCGGGCCCGAGAACUAUUUCGGCCCUGAUCAGGCAUUUGAGGGAGCGGCUCCUGAGGCUGUGGCCCUUUCCGGGGCCGAGCUGGAAGACGAGCAAGGUCGGGAGAGGAGCAGUGAGUCUUACGAGCAGCACAUCCGCCUGCAAAGCCACCAGAGGCAGCAAGUGGCCUACCAGAAGUACUCAGACUUUUUCCACAAGAAGGUGGACCCGGCUAUUGAUGAAGGCAAGCUGGUGGUUCAGGACAUGGAGCAGAACAUGUGGGUCCGCAGCCACCUGGGCUCCAAAGAGCACAGCCACGUGUUGCAGAGGAAGGUCCAGGAGAACAUCAAGAAGGUCUCGGACAUGGUGGAGGACCUCUACAGGAGGAAGGCCUGGGCUGGUGCGGAGGAGGUCAUGGCUCGGCUGGUGAACGUCCUGAUCCCGUCCAUCAGGGAUGCGCGGGAGUGGCUGAGGAAAACAGAGCUGCACUUGAAGGAAGAAGGUGUCGUUCAAGAAGAUGAUUACGAAAAUGAAGUGGAAGACUUUGGUGAGCUCCGUCCCAGAAGGCGUUUUCGGAAAUGUGCAAAGCAGAGAAAGUAGUAACGUCCACACGGCUGCGGCUUCCUAAACCUUCAGGACGUUCCAUCCUGACUUAGAAUCCCGAGUGCUGGGGCAGAUGAGAAGAAUAUACAUUAGCAUAAGAAGUGGCGGGAGGGGUCUAACAAUGCCUUUGCUUUUCAUUCUUGUUAUUUCUCUCUCUAUGGUGGCUCAGGGUCUGACUGCUCCCUCAGAGCAGGGGCCUCUUAAGUGUUUUCCAAGUUCAAGUCCAGCAGUACUGGGUCCCCCUAAAAGAGGCUCAGGCGAGAGGAGUCAUAGCUGGAGGGAACCUUGGGAUCCUCCACCCGAGGCCCCCGGGUUCUCUGGCUCGUCAUCACCAUGACACCGGUCAGUAGCAGGGAUAUCCCUCACCUCAGAGUUGCCACGGCCCUGGCCCGGGAACACUGCCCCCGGAUCCUCUCAUCUCUCUUCAUGCUGCUGGCCACCCCUGACCCCAGGCCACACUCUGGUCAUCUCUGAGCCCACCUGUGGCUUAAUUCCUUCUGUUACAUAUGUUAGCCUUUUCUCUCGGUGACAACGUUUCUGCCUGCCUUCCCCCCUUUUUUUGAGACCAUCCUCAGCUGCCCGUGCAAGUCGCGAUUAGACUACCUCAGAAUGUAGUUAAGAAUUCCCCAUUGUCUUCUGGGCAGCCAGCCUCAGGACCAGCCCCCUAGAAUGAAAGGCUGGGGGAUGUUGCCGGGAGUUCCCAGCCUGUCUCUCCAAGGUUGUCCCAACUCUACCUUGGCUCUGGUGCAGACAUUCCAAACAGUGUUUUGUAUGUAGCCCUCUACGUCUCGUUUCCUUGGGUCUCCCUGGCAAGUUAGCUGUCCUAGCUUAGCUUGACAUUCCGAUGAGUUUUCCCCCACUGAGCUCUCCACGGGAGCACCGGGACCUGCAGAGCUGGAAGCUGGGGACAGGUAGACAGAGGAGAAGCCAGCCUUGUGGUGCCCAUCCGUAAGGAUUUGGCCAUGAAUCACUGCCCUGUGGCCAGCAGGUCUGGGAAGAAGAAGGGGCCGUGGGCCUGUUUGCAGGAGGCCGUUGCUGCCCACUGAGCCAUCGGUCUGUCCCUUUCUGGAAGCUCUUCCGCCUCUCUCAUGGUCACUUCCCUCCCUGUCCCCCACCCUUCAGCCCGGCCUGGUGCCAAAGGUCAGGCUCACAUUGGUCCGUCACUGUUUCGUCAUCACCACAGAACCAGCCUUAUCCCCAUGCUGCUGCUGCUUUGGCUGAUCUUUGUUUUUUUCUUCAUUGUCUUUCUAAAUGACUCUGUUUCCUUGAAAUGUAUGGUUUCUAAUUUUUAUUAGUUUAUGGUUCUAAUUUUUAUUCCAGGUGUUUUUAUUAACUUCACUUGCCAGGAAAAAAAAACCCAAUCAAAUCUUGC